CAAGAGGAGCGCGGAGAGCUGCUGCAGCCACUGAUCUUCGUCUUACUGGUUUUGUGCUCUGUCCUGCUGUACUUUAAGGUGUCUCUCAUGGAUCCGGGUUUUGUUAAGUCUGAAGAGGAAGCAAAGGCAGGCAAGAGUGAAGAACAAAGCAUGGUGAUACCCCAAGUUCCAAGUAAUAUUAAGAUGCGGCGUUGUGGUUACUGCAUGGUGAAGCAACCGAUGCGAGCCAAGCACUGCCAGCUGUGCCAACACUGUGUACGGCGUUACGACCAUCACUGUCCCUGGAUUGAGAACUGUGUAGGAGAGAAGAAUCACCCCCUCUUCAUAGUCUACUUGAGCGUGCAGCUUGUAGUUCUGCUGUGGGGAGGUCAUGUUGCUUGGUCAGGCCUCUACUUUGAACAGUCCUGGGACUGGCUGCAGCACAACAUUCUCCUCCUUAUGUCCUUCCUCCUGAUAGUCAUAUUCACCAUUGUUGUCCUGCUGCUGCUUAUUUCGCACCUCUAUCUGAUCUCAUGCAACACCACCACCUGGGAAUUCAUGUCACAUCAUCGCAUCUCCUACCUGCAACACUCUGAGUUGGAGAAUCCCUUUGACCAAGGGGUAAUCCUCAAUCUCUGGAGAUUCUUCUGUUCAUGCCACCUCACUGCAUGGGAGAACAUCUAUUUUCACAGGAACAAUGAGCCUGUCUAGUCACAGUAGUACCUACCUGGUAGAGUGCCAACACAUCUGCAGGUUGCCGGGUAAAGCUUUGCUAACGCAAAUGCUGCUGUUUCCUUGCACGGAACUUUAGUACAUCAUCAGCUAUGCAACCUGUUCCACAGCCUGUUCAUCCUGCAAAUUACAUUUCAAGGAUAGUCAGGGUUACUUUUUAUGUACGAGUAACACUGUUAAAGGGGAGACACUGGUUCUGGGAAGGCCAGCAGGGCUAACUUCUGGACUGAGCAAAGGUUUCUCUCUAAAUUUACUUCCUUUUGCUAACUACAUCCACAUCUCUCCAGAAGAGAUGCAAGAGUAGCGUGAACAUCCAUGUUCACUUCUCUUCCCCAAAGUUUCCCUCUCCUUUUGCUGCUAGGGAACAGCAGCUAUUACAGACAAAACCAGCCAGAAUCAAUAUAAUUCCUGUGGCCUUUCUUCAACAUAGUUCUCACUGUGAGAACCGCAGUGCCUUUUGUCAAUAGUGUUGGGCACGUAAUAGAAAUAUUUGAGUAAAUAUUUGGACAGUCAAAAGCAAAUUUCAUUUUGACCACAUGCCUAAACUUUAUGCUUUUCACAAAGAUUUGAGGCUUAAUAGUGUUAAUGUGCAUGAGAAACAGCAGUAAGGCACCAAAUUCAGCUUAUGAGAUAAUUAGCCUGUACUUUGUGAUGCCCUGACGAGCUUCCUAACAGUUUUUUCUUUAAGUUGAUGGUGCUGUCAACAAUUCAUAGACUAUUUUGAAUGAAGUCAGCAAAGAAUGAUACCAUCCACUUUUCUUUGGACAGAAAAGUAAUACUUGCCUAUGGAAUUACUUCUGCAGAUAACUUCAUGCUCAGGCCUUUCCCGUAGCUUGUGGGGAGAGAACCAGUAGCAGAGGUGGGUACUUCGUGCCUAGCUCAAGUAACACUGUUGGUAAUACUACUACCUCAACAUACUAGUAAAAUUUUAAUAAAAGAAUACAAAGUUUCAAUGCAAGAGGAAAGAUUCCACGUCCUGUUUGUUUCAUUGAGAUGAGGGGUGCCGAUAGCUUUCUAGGAUAGCAGCAAGCUUACUUAUUUUCCAUUGUAAUAAAAGGUCAUACUUCAAAUUUCCAUGGGGAACUAAAAGGAAGUUUGGGAUGACCAAUUUUUGCUUUAAAAACAGAAAAGGCUGUGGUGUGAAUUUUAGUCCUGACCCUUUUCUGUUUAAAAAAAAACAAACAGCACCACAACAAAGCCUUAGUUAAAAUUAUUUUGUGUCUUAAUUGCCUUGGCUCAGGAAUUAACACCAGCUCAAGAGCACAUCUGGCAAGCUGGUAGGAUACACUCAGGGUUUAAAGCUGAUGAGCACUCAUGAAAGGAUAGUGUAGUCACUAAUACAGCAUGAUAGUCCAAAAGUAGUUUUAAAACAGCGGAAGGAUCCCUUUUGUGACCAACUCCAGAGUUUGUAAUCUGCAUCCAGUCUGGUUUGUUCAGGGUAGAAACUCCUAUCAAUCAGAGGGAUAUCAGAACGCUAAGAACUGUUUUCAUAACAAUGGUAUACUAUCCAGAAAGGAUUCCGCAGUUUAUUUGUGUCGGUGUGGUGCCUGCUAAAGUAUGGCUUAUCUGCCACAUAGCAAUUUCUGGUUCUUCAGGUAUCAGUCAGAUAAAAGUUUGUCAGCAGGUACUACAGCUCAAAACACACAGUUUUGCUCUGUUUGGUAAUUCUCUUUUAAAUGCACCAGGAUGGUAAUUUACAGUCUUUUUACUUUACUAUAAACUAUAAAUUAAAAGAUUAAAUAUGCCU